CUUCAGUCACACGUGGAGGUGUAAAUCUUGAUCGUACAUGCAGCCACAAACAACCAACAUACCUGAACCGGCGUGGCGACGGCUGCCAACCAUUAGUACCAUUCGUACUGCGAGCUGCUUAUGAUCAAUCGUCCAGCGAUGUGGUGCGGUUAAUGAUUUUUCCAGUGCGUGAACGUGAACGUGUUACUCGUUCGACGGAUGUGAUUUUUUUAGAAAUUUUACAAUUUCCGUAAUCUUUUUUUAGUGUUUGAAAAAAAAAUAUGAUACGAAGAAACUGUAUUCAUUGUUCGGUGAUUCGGGCUUUUAUCGUUGUAUUAUGUUUCGAAAAUUGGAUUUUCUGCGCUCCCAGCUCGUUAGUUAGGGAUGAUGAUUUAAACAUCGACACCGAAGACGUAAUUCUAGAUCCACCGCCAAGAGAUCCACCAUCAUCGUUCACCAGCAGUCGACCAUUCAGACGACCGCGAAGGCCAACUCAAGCUAGUCAAUCCGUACGACCAGACAACUCACCCGAUGGUCAAAGUUUCUUCCAGUCUUUCGCACCCUUAUUCAAUAAUAAUUCGCCUUUAGGGCACAGUCGACCAUUGCUCUAUCCCGAUCACGCAUUCAAGCCAUCGUUUAAAACAGCUUCUUAUCGCGACUUACCCUUCACCGGAACCAACGACAAUAUCCUAGGAUCUGGUAAUUUCGGUGUUGUAAAAGGAGGCACGUAUUACGCAGAAGAACGAGAAGACGGUGAUUUCGCCUCCGACAGCGAACCUUACGCUUACAUAGGCAGCAGUCCACACCACAGGAGAAAAAAUCCACCACCGGCUUUCCGAAACGGAGGCGACUUUUUCGCUCAUUUUAGAGAUUUCGCCGAUAUCACAGCUCCUAGUAAAUCGUUCUCCGAAUACUACGUUGUUUACGUGAAUAAAAACGCCACCGUUGAGGAAUCCAAGCAACCGGCUGUUAAACGACCUAAGAAUAUCAUCGAACAAUUAGAAAUGCUAGAUUCUGCUGACGAUCCGUUAACGGCCAAAGAAUCCAGUAAACAGUCCAAGUUUAAAAGGAAACUAAACGCUUAUCAGAGACAAAAUAAUGAUAAGGAGAAAUCCACCAAAUCCAAAUUGUAUUCGACUGUCAAGGAAGUUCCAGAACCUCUGAUAGCUUUAAGUUGAUCGUAUUUAUCCUACCUAUAUCGUGUUGUCUAUUGUAAUUGAAAACUGUGCCAAAUUUUUGUUCAUCGGUGGAACGUUCUCAUCGUUGCCGGUGCGUGCAUUUGCUUAUUUAAUUUUCUUUCGGUGAUCUUUAUAUGUCUUCAUUUCUAAUUUACGGUACCUGUUUUGUACAUAUAAAUCAUAAUCAAUGGUACCUGAUUUGAUCGAAAAUCUUAUUGUGCAGAUUCCAUGUUCCAAUCGUAGGUAUAUAAGUAUGCUAAAUAGUAUUCGUGAAAUUGUAAUUUGAAAAUAGAUUACCAACUUACCUACGAAAAUUUUGAAUCAUUCUACAUUAAUCUUCAAAGACUGAAAUAGUAUUUGCAAAACAUUUUUGUAAGAUAGGUAAAACUGACUGAUGAAGGUUCGUUCCUAACCUGAAAACAUUACACAUUAUAAGGUAAUUUCAAAUCAGUCUACUUAGUUGAUCAAUUUUCAAUACUCACCCAUUGUCCAUUGAUGAAUAUUCCAUGAAGAAUGAUGAUGCUUCAUUGAAUAGAUGACAAAAGGACAUGAAUCAUCUGGUGAUUAAUCUUUCGCGAGAAUAAAUGGUUCAAAUCCAAGUUAUCUGAUCUGAUGUCUGUACCUAUAUCCAUCUUCGUAUGCAUGGAACUUUCAACUGAAACUAUUCAUAAUAUAAACUAGUUUUAUGUUAAAAUAAUUGGAAUAUUCUCACUAAACAUGUUAAUAAUAUGCAAGGGAUAUUUUCUUGAUGAUCAAGAGGAAAAUUUUGAAUAGAAAAACACGAAAAUUUCCAAAACACAAGGAAAAUAACACCACCGGAAAAUUCAAAUUUCAAAAACAACGGCUCAGCAUUUUAUCAGUGUUGCCAUUUCAAAUUCUGAAGAAAUUCAAUACUCCCUCAAAGUUUUAAUUUUAAUUUUUUUUAAAUAAAAGUUUGGAUUAUCAUUUAUAAUUUCAUAAUUUUUUUAGAAUUACUCAAAGUCUCGAAAAAUGAUAUUUUUUUCCACCCCCCUUUUUUAAAAGAAAUUUUGCUGAACUCCAUUUGGUUCCUAAAAAUGAUAGAACUGAUUCUCCAAAUUUCGAUUAAAAAAAAUAAUUGCCGAACCCAUUUUCGCGGUGAGGUGCGAAAUUUGCAUAGAACUUUUGGGUGCUGUAAUCCGAUUUUAAAUUCCAUUUCGUCCAAAAAUAAUACGUUUUAAAUUCUAAAAAUUUCACAGUUAGAACUUGAAACAUACCCUUUACUCAUAAAUCUUGUACAUUAUGUAUUUUAUAUUGAUAAAAAUUCUAGAUUUUGGCGUUAAUCUUUUAACGUAAUGUAGAUAACAAUGUUCAAACUACUCCUACUCGUAUAUCAUCUUGUAAAUAAAGUUCGAAUUUUUCUCGUU